GGGCAGGCGAAGCUGAUGGACGACCUACGGCCGAACCUGGUCGGAGGCCUGCUCGGCCUACAGCAGGGACUCCUCGACGACCAUGCGGCCCUGUCGCACGGAGGCAAUCCACUAUCGCAGCACCAGACUGGUCAGGAGAGCAAGUUCAUGUCGCUACAGGAUAACCGGUUGAUGAGCAUUGCGACGCACGAGAACCGGCUGCUGGGGCUUGGCGGACAGGACCAUGGUCGGGGAGGCAUCGGCGGGGGCCCGUCGGGUGCAAACGGCGACAAGUCGAUAGGGCAGCACCGGAAGUGCAGUAGCACUCCGGAAGACUUCAGCGCCCUCUACGGCGGACUGUCGGGGACUCCCAUCAGCGAUCAUCAUCACCACCAUACACCGGCCCACACACCUCCGAACCGGCUGUCGGACAACGGAUCCGUCACGGCGGAAGGAGCGUUCAAAAAACUAAAACCCGAACCGAACAGCGGCCCGCUCGGUUCCUCGGUCCCCGGUGGCAUCUCGUCGCCCGGAAGUGGCAUCUCGGCGCUGCCUCAGCACGCUGGCCACACGCCCACCACAGCAUCCUGUCCGACACCGGCCCGAAGGCGACACCGGACUACCUUCACUCAGGAACAAUUAGCAGAACUAGAGGCGGCCUUUGCGAAAUCACACUAUCCAGAUAUCUACUGCAGGGAGGAGCUGGCGAGAACCACGAAGCUCAACGAGGCCAGGAUACAGGUUUGGUUUCAGAAUCGAAGAGCAAAGUACCGGAAGCAGGAGAAGCAGCUCCAGAAGGCUCUCGCCCCGUCGGUCAUACCGUCCUGCAAUGGCAUGAUGCGCAACAUCCAGGGCUACAGCGUUUCCAGAGGUUAUCAACCGUAUCCACAUCCAAAUUCAAUCAACCGAUAUCCCCAGGACCUGUUCCAAAUGGGAGCCUCCUCCUACCCGGGCAUGACGCAGCCGUUCUCAAUGACGCACGGUUCCAAUAUGGGCGCCGUCGGCGUACGCCAGGACACGAUGGGUAAGUAUUUACGAAUGACGGCCGAGGACGAAUGGUACAAUAAGAGCUUAUCUGCACUGCGAAUGAACAGUUCGCAUCAUCCCAAUCUGUCCGCUCCGAUGCUGCAAUACCAGACAUAAUUCAUGUAGAUCUAAUGAAUGCAAAAAAGUAGCACGUGUACGAUUCCUCACUAGCGCCGAAGCAGAAAGAGUGUUCCCCGGACGUAGUGCGAAACAGGAGGCACAUCCAGUUUAAGCUGCGAUGCUCAUCGAUUGCGAGCUGGAACCGAACCUGGACACCAAAGCACCCUAUCCAUAAUAGGCUAAAAUGAAGAGAAAAAAAUAAACAAACAAAAAAACACUCCAAGCAGCAAACCGGUCACAAAGAAUAGGACAUUUUCAACCCAUCGCGCCAGGACCUCGCCUCGGCCACGUCACAAUGGAUUUCCAUUUUUGGAUCGAUUUUUAUUUUAUUGUUACAGAUGAUUUUUCAUCACACACACACACACGGGUGAGAAGUGAAAAACAGAAAACCGUUUAGUACCCGGGAACCAAUCCGGGAAAACGCUAAUGGUUUAAUUAUAUU